AUGUCUUCGAGGGCAAGCAAGCGACGGAGCACGGUUAGCGCCGGAAAUGUGUCCUCCAAAGCCUCCGCGGGAGGCGGAGGCGGUGGCGGUGGCGCGUCGGAAGACGCAGGAGACGAGGACGGGGGGGGCAGAUCUCUGAGGAACACUCCUUCUCGACGCACUACCUCCAGGGGAGGGGAUAACACCCAGGAUCGACGCAAGCGGCAGAGGAAGAACGGGAAAGCAAGCGGCUGGCGCAGCUGGGAGAGAAGCGGGCUAGCCACCGCGGGAAGACGAGCGGCGGCAACAACACCACUCGGAAGCAGGAGAAGGACGCUGCCGCCGCCGCCACCGCCGCCGCCGCCGCCGCCGCGGCGAAACAAAGCAAGAAGGACAGACAGUCAGCCGGCGACGACGAAGAGAACGGCGACAGCGACAGCGAGGAGGGUCAGCAAGAGGAGGACAGCGAAGAUGACGAGGGCGAGGAGGAAGAAGGCGAGGAGGAAGAUGGAGGCAGGGAGCAGGAGGAGGAAGAGGGAGGCGAACAAGCGAGCGAUGACAACCCCGCCGCCGCCGCCUCCCCGGCGAAGACCCCGCCUGGAAAAGGCGGCGGCGGCGGCGGCGGCGGCCCCGGCAAGAAGGGAGGUAGCAGCUCUACCCCGGCGGCUACAACCCGCGGGCAAGCUUCCGCGGCGGCUGCCGCUGCCGCCGCCGCCGCCGCGGCCGUCGCUAAGGGGGACGAUGACAAGACCCGCAAUGGCACGGCGGCGGCGGGAGAAAAGGAGGGUGGCGGAGAGGCUGAUGGUGGUGUCGCUAAGGCCGAUAAGGGAGGGAGAGCCGACCGCGGUCGCCCAGCAGGCGGCGGAUGCCCAGCAGGCGACGGCUGCCGCGCAGGCGACCGCCGCUGCGCAGGCGACGGCGGCGGCGCAGGCCCAGCAGGCGCAGGCCGCGGCGGCUGCGGAGGCGGAGAGGGCUAGGGCGGAGAGGGAGCGACUCGAGGCGAUGGCAAGGGCAAGGACGGCCGCUCAGAAGACGCGCGCUGCUGCGACGGUGGCCGCCGCUGCUGCUCCGACGGUGACAGCUGCUCCGACGGUGGCCGCCGCCGCUGCUCCGACGGUGACAGCUGCUCCGACGGUGGCCGCCGCCGCUGCUCCGACGGUGGCCGCCGCCGCUGCUCCGACGGUGGCCGUAACCGCCGUUCAGCAGGCACAGGCGCAGCAGGCGCGCGCUCAGGCUCAGGCCCGGGCCCACGCGCAAGCCCAGGCGGCGCAGGCUCAAGCUCAGGCGCAGGCGCAGGCGCAAGCUGCGGCACAGGCUCAGGCGGCGGCGCAGGCACGUGCCCAGGCUCAGCAGCAGGCAGCUGCGGCUCAGGCCCAAGCCCAAGCGCAGCAGCAACAGGCCCACGCGCAGGCUCAAGCCCAGGCUCAAGCCCAGGCCCAGGCUCAGGCUCAGGCCCAGGCGGCAGCGGUGCAAGCGCAAGCGCAAGCGCAAGCGCAAGCGCAGGCGCAAGCCCAGGCGGACGCCUCCCCCCCUCUCCCUCACGCGCCGGUUCUCGGCUGCGCGGGCCUAUGGCUCGGGGCACGGGUCUGCGCGGACCCCCGCCCGCCGCCGCCGCCGCCGCCGCCGUCCUGCUCCCGCCGCGGAGCCGCCGCCUCCGCCGUCGCCGAAGCGGUGGCCUCAUCCCAACGAGACCUCGGGUACCCGCUGCCCAGGAAGAGGCGAUUCCGUCCGGUGGGGCUCGGGGAAGACGGGGAUAAAGCGGCGACGGGGACCGCUUUUGAGGCCAAGGCGGAGGCCGAGGGCGGCGUCACCCGGAACGGCGGAGUGGAGGGGGGCGGCGGCGCAGCCGCCGGGGCUCUGGGAGGCGGGGCGGCCGGCGGCGGCGGCGGGGCCGCCCAGGGGGCGGUUAGUAACGCGGCGGCUCUCCCGUCAGCGGCGACGCCUACUGCUGCUGCAAACCCUUCUUCGUCGUCGAAUGCGGGAGGUGGGGGGGCGGUCGGAGCGGCGGGCGGUGAUCAGUGGUACGAGCACUACCACGCCGUCAGACGGGUCCGGGAUAACGAGGCCUCUCGGGGGGAGGGAGGACUACCUAUCCUCCCCGGGGAGGUGGCCGCGAUGCGCCGCCACCGCCUGGUCAAGGCGGCGGAACCGCAGAACCAGCGCGGCCUGACACGGUUCCAGCUGUCGCAGAUGCUGGAGGAGAAGACGAAGGCGUUCAAGGAUGUUCGGGCGAGGCUCAGGCUGGUGUUGGAGCGCAAGCCCCGGAUACUGCCGCCUGUGAAGCCGCCCCGGAGACGCAAGACCCUGUGGGAUUUCCUCCUUGACGAGAUGCGUCUCAUCGCAACCGACUAUAACGAAGAGCGGAAGCUGGCGAGGCACCUCUUGAGGGGGGUGGCGAAUCGGACGCGGCUUGCUCGGAGAGAGCUCUGCGAGGGACGGCCGCAAGCUCGAGACGGACGUGUCGCCGACGCCGGUGUGGCGAUCUGCAGGCACCUCUCCCUCCUCGCCUCCUCCCCUCCCCGCCCUACCACCGCCGCCGCUGCGGCGGAGAAACCCACUCAGAACGGGCCGGGGGGCGGGGGGGGCGGGAAGGGCCCGCUGUUGGCUUCUUGGUCUUCUGGUGGUGUUGGUGGUGAGACGGAGGCGGUGGGUGGCGGGGAGGAGGUGGAGUUGACGAUGCCGGAGCUGAGCCGGAUCGGGUUUGAGGUGGAGCAGUUAACGACGAGGGCGAAAGCGCUGGUGGAGGCGUCGCUAGCAGGAGACGCGGGCAAGGCGUCCCCUGUGAAGAUUGAAGGCAUGGUUGCCUCGGACGGACCUGGCAGCAAUGGGGUGGCUGGGUACGAGGAGUUCUCCUCCCGCAACCUUAGCAGAGCACCAGACUCUUGGGGAAUGGCCGUUCACCUGCUACCCCACCAGGCGAAGGCUCUCUCCUGGAUCAGGGCUCUGGCUGGGCGUGGUCUGGGGGGAGUUUUGUGUGACGACCGCGGCACCGGGAAGACGGUGACUGCGGCGGCGACUGUUGCGAUGGUGGCGGCUUGCCGGUCGGUCGUGGAGACUGAGCGCACCGACAUCUUCCUGGCUCAGGAGAAGAAGCGCCUAUCCGAGCGCUUGGUCAAAGGGGAGGCUGAGGAAUCCGGGGCUGCGUCGGGAGGAUCCUCUGCCGGGGGUGCCGGUUCGAAAUCGCAGGGUGCGGCUGCCAACGGCGGCGGAACUUCCUCGAAGGCGUCGCCGCCGAGACAGGGGACGCUUGCGAUGCGUCCCCGGCCGGGAAGCCUCGCGCCGCCCCCGCAGCUGGUCGUGGUGCCCUCGUGGGCGAUGGCGAGGUGGCACAUGGAGCUGGCGCAGGCUUGUCCGCGCCUGGUCAUCAAGGUGUGGGAGGAAUGGAGGAGCCAGGAACACCAUCAUCGGUCAGCCACAGCAGCGGCGACAGCAGCAGCAUCCUCGUCGCCGCCGUCCUCCUUGCAGCAGAAGCUGUCGCCGCAGGCCACCGCCGCCGGCGGUAGCGUUAGCGGUAAGGCACGGUUGCCGCCUACGGCAAGGCGUUCCUCGGCGGACGUGGUUCUUUGCUCCCUCGAGCGCCUGGCGGAGGUGGACGGAGGCGUCUCCGCGGACGCGCGUCUUGCGCGUUCCGUGCGGUGGAGCCAGGAGUACGUGGUUCGGUGCGCGAUGACCAAGCCGCAAGCCAAGGUUUACUCGGCCGUUGCCAGAUCGCGUGAGGUCGUGGCCGCUCUCUCCGGGGAAGGAACCACCAUUCCUCCCCCAGCGCUCGCUUCGAACGGUCUAUCUACCCCGGCAACAACACCACCACCUCCAACGGCGGCGUCGUUGUCGGCAGCAAAAGGGGGGCCCGCUACGACGGGGGCGGGGGCGGGGGGGUGUGCCAUGGAGGAGGCGCUGCUGGCCCUGCGGCGAGCGGCGCUGACCGGCGCCCUCGAGAAGCCGCCGCCCCCCGGCGCCCUGCUGUCCGCCGGGCAGGCGGAGGCUCAGAAGGAGGAGUUUUGGAGGGGGCACGUCAAGGACUUGGAACUCAGCGUUCCGGAGCGAUUAGAGAAGUACUCCGGCAAGCUGGCCAAGCUUGGCAGGGCUGUGGCGCGACUCGCCGCAGCGGGAAAGAAGGUGCUGGUCCUGGGGGCACUGCCAGACGCUCGUUUGCUGGUGCACCAGUACCUCGUGGAGACGGACGUGCCUCACGAGUGCUGGGCAGGCAACGGAGAGAUGUUCCCGAACGUCGCCGAAGAGGAGAGCACGAGAGGUGUGGACGCUGGCACUGCUGCUCCAGCGGCGGCGGCGGCGGCGGCGGCGACGUCGGUGCCGGCCGCGUCGAACGGGAGCCCGCCUGGUGCGGCGGCCGCAGCCCCUCCCGCCGCUCUCAGCGUCGGGCCGGGGGUGGCAGCACCGGGGGCUGUUUCAUCCCCGUCCCCUGCUUUGGCGCCCCUCAGCGCGCACCACAACCCACUCGGAUCUUUCCCUUCACGGUCUCCCUUUCCCCAAGCACCAGUCACGCCACCAAAGCCCGCCCACGAGCGGCUGUGGAGCGGAGUGCAGGGGCCUCUCUGGCGCUUUAGAUGCUCGCCCCGGACUCCGGUGCUGCUGGCGCCGCCUUCGGCUAUCCUUGAGGCUGUGGCGGGAGGUUCUGGCCUCUGCCCGAACGGCGAACAGCCCAGACCCGACGGGAGCAGCGUGCGCAGGGGUUCUCUGUUAGGUCUUGGCCCCAUCGACGCCGUCCUCAUCUUCGACGAAGGGCCUCCGAUAACAACAAGAACAACAGCAACAGCAACAGCAACAGCAACAGCGACGUCAUGGUCUCGGGCAGCACUAGCGGCGGCGCUGCAGAGCCUCCUCACGCUGCCCCGGUGCGCGAGGCGCUCCUCUGCGCCAAGAGCCAUCCGCAGCAUGCCGGCAACGGGCGGGGGGGCGGCGGCGGAUGAGAACGGGAGGGUCGACGGGGGGGGAGUCGCCACGGCGGCGGGCAGGGCCGAGGGGGAGAGCGUGGUGACGGUGGUCCGAUACGUGGCGAACGGCACCAUCGAGGAGACGCUGGAGGGGGAAGGGGACAAGGGGAUCAGUAGCCUUGGGGCCGGUGGAGAGGGUAUCGCGGUCCGGUGUUCGCUGGAGGGGAAGACUUUCUUGAAGCAGGGAGAGGCGGCAUCGGCAUCGGCCUCCGAGGGUACGGAGGCGGUAUCUCUGUCGGGGACGAAGAGAAAGGCCGCCGAUGGCGGCGGCGGCGGCGGUUGCAGUGGCGUGGACAUGCUGGGCGCCAACGGCAAGCACUGGAGCGAGGGGGCUCCGCCGUUGCGGAGGACGUGCCCCUGGUCCCCCGUGGGGGUGGAGGACAUCCUCGUUGAGGAAAUGGUGCAGAUGAACCCCGACGACUUCGACACCGGGCGAGGCUGCUUCGACACCGAUGAGACGAGGGUGUUCGCCAGGCUCGCGGACGGGGGACACCCAGUUCCACCCCCGCUCCUGUCGUACGCCGUGGACGCCACCCUUGCCACAACUCCCGGGCGUUCCUUCACGGAGAGGGUCCGCGAUUUGCAUCUGUUGGGCAUCUCGCCCGAGCCCUUCCUCCACUGCAUGCCCUGCAUCGACCUCGCCAUGCCUCCCGACCACAACAUGGUGCUCAACGAGGCCGUCGAGGUUCCCAGCUGGAUGAGCACCUCAUUCGGGCAGGACCUGAGCUGCUCCCUGAGCUAUGUGGACAGACUCCCCUCCAAUCGGAACAAGAAGCUCAAGAAGGCGUUGUCCCCACGGGAGUCGAGCAGGAGAGAGGGCGAGCAGCCCGGGGCGGGGAGGAGGAACAAGACUAGCGUGGAGGAGUGGACCAAGAUGGAGGAUACCCUCCUCGUCAGCGCGGUGCAGCAGUUCGGAGAGAACUGGGUCCUUGUGGCUUUCAGCAUUAACAAGUGCCCGAUCCUAAGGGGGCGCAUGAGGUCGGGGAGUCAGAACAAGGCACGACACGCAAACCUCGUGGCCCUAGGGGCUGCUGGCCAGCGCUCGCCGAGGGGAGCGAGGCCAAAGAGCGUCAGGCUUCCGCCGACUUACCUUCCGCUGGUGCCGGUUGCGGGUGCGGCGGCGCGACAGGCCUUCUCCGCUCGAUUCGCUGCCCUCGUCAAGGCGGUGAAGAAGAAGCCCAUCCCACCCCCCAUCCCCGGCUGCGACAACCCCGAGGUGGAAGCACUGGCGAGCAUGCUCAGCGCCGUCCGAUCCGCGGCGGCGGCGGCGGCAGCGGCAGCGGCGGCGGCGGCAGGCUCUGCCCCGAACCCGGCCGCUGGCCCGCCCUCCGGCAGCGGGACUUAAAAGAAGGCCCCACAAUGUGGUCGUGAUCGUCUCAUGUCUGUCGCGGUCGCACGCAAAGUUUUACGACAAUACCGUAGUCCUUCCGGUUUGGGGCGGUGGCGGCGGGGGGGCUUAGAGUUCGGUGUGGGAGGUUUUGGAUUGAGGGGCACGGCCGUUGGUCGUGGUGAUGCGGAGC